CUAACCUCCCAUUUUCGCCCAUAUUUGUGUCUCUCUCUUUGGCCCAACCCUGGGCCCUCCCCCUCCCUCUGCUUCUACUCCGCUGUGUCUCUGUGCUGCAUUGCUCUGCCUCACGGCUGCCGAUGAUGCUGAUGCUGAUGUCACCACCGCCUCCCAGCAUCCCUGGCACAGCAGCGUCGCCAUUUUCCCUGCUUCCAGACUGACUGACAGACCAAACAGCCGGGCCGCUGGAGCAGCCCGCACCCAUCCUUUCAGAUUAUCCAUCUGGCCCUCGCUCCUCCCUCCCCCCUGUCGCCCACUCUGAUUUCUAAUUGACGCACCGCUGCGUUCAACACUCCAGUCCACCCAGUGCUGCUGCUGCUGCUGAAGCCGAGGCCGAUUCCCUCUUUCCUUCCCCGGCGGAUUCUCCAUGUAUGGAUGUGCCAAGGAAAAGGAUGCUGUAGGCUGACCAAAGACAGAGAGAGAGACUAAAAAAUACAGGCUGCCGAGGAGCUUCACGAGGGAGAGACCGGUGGAUCUGUUUUGAAUGGACAGAAAAUUCACAAUCUGCGGUCGUCACGUCUGAGUUGCUGAGGUGCCACGUGUGUCUGUGUAACCACACAGAUCUUCAGCUCUUCUGCUCACUUGCAAACCCACCUGCAACAUGGCGGGGGCUUCAGUGAAGGUGGCUGUGAGAGUCCGACCCUUCAACUCCAGAGAGAUGGGGAAGGACAGCAAGUGCAUCAUUCAGAUGUCAGGAAACACCACAACAAUCCUGAACCCCAAACAGCCAAAAGAAAACAAGAGUUUCAACUUUGACUAUUCUUAUUGGUCACACACCACACCUGAGGACAUCAACUAUGCGUCCCAGAUACAGGUGUACAAGGACAUCGGAGAGGAGAUGCUCCUUCAUGCCUUUGAAGGCUACAACGUGUGCAUAUUUGCAUACGGUCAGACAGGAGCGGGCAAAAGCUACACCAUGAUGGGACGACAGGAGAAGGACCAGCAAGGAAUUAUCCCUCUGCUGUGUGAGGAUCUUUUCACCAAGAUCAGUGACAGCAAUAAUGAUAACAGCAUGUCUUACUCGGUGGAGGUGAGUUACAUGGAGAUCUACUGUGAGCGUGUGCGUGACCUGCUGAAUCCCAAGAACAAAGGGAACUUGCGUGUCAGAGAGCACCCUCUGAUGGGACCCUACGUUGAAGAUCUGUCCAAGCUAGCCGUCACUUCAUACAACGACAUCCAGGAUCUGAUGGACUCUGGAAACAAGGCCAGGACUGUGGCUGCUACCAACAUGAACGAGACCAGCAGCCGCUCCCACGCUGUCUUCAACAUCAUCUUUACACAGAAGAAACACGACAUGGAGUCGGAAAACACAUCAGAAAAGGUCAGCAAGAUCAGUCUGGUGGACUUGGCAGGCAGCGAGAGAGCUGACUCAACCGGAGCUAAAGGAACCAGACUGAAGGAAGGAGCAAACAUCAACAAAUCUCUAACUACACUGGGGAAAGUUAUUUCUGCUCUAGCUGAAGUGGACUCAGCACCAAACAAGAAUAAGAAAAAAAAGAAGGUGGAGAGUUUCAUUCCCUACAGAGAUUCAGUUCUGACUUGGCUUCUUAGGGAGAACUUGGGAGGAAACUCUCGUACAGCCAUGGUGGCUGCUCUCAGCCCUGCUGAUAUUAACUAUGAUGAGACUCUCAGUACCCUCCGGUAUGCUGAUCGUGCCAAACAGAUCCGCUGCAACGCUGUGAUCAACGAGGACCCCAACAACCGUCUGGUGCGGGAGCUGAAAGAGGAGGUGGCUCGCCUCAAAGACCUGCUGUACGCACAAGGCCUGGGAGACAUCAUAGAGAACCUGUGCGAUUACAAGAACUUUGUGAAUAAUCGCCAGGCUGUCAAUCAAAGGGGUGAUCUCUCCACAGUGACCAAUGCCAUGACAGGAAUGAGUCCCUCCCCAACACUCUCAGCCCUGUCUAGUCGUGCUGGGUCCAUCAGCAACCUCCAUGAUCGCAUCUUUAGCCCAGCCAGUGAAGAGACCAUCGAGCGGCUAAAGGAAACCGAGAAAAUCAUUGCAGAGCUCAAUGAGACAUGGGAAGAGAAGCUGCGACGUACUGAGGCCAUCCGUAUGGAUAGAGAGGCCCUGCUGGCUGAGAUGGGUGUUGCCAUGAGAGAAGAUGGAGGCACCUUGGGCGUCUUCUCCCCAAAAAAGACCCCUCAUCUGGUGAACCUGAACGAAGACCCGCUGAUGUCUGAGUGUCUGCUGUAUUACAUCAAAGAUGGCAUCACCAAGGUUGGCCGUGAAAAUGCCAAGACUCGCCAAGACAUUGUUCUCAGCGGCCAUUUUAUCAGAGAUGAACACUGCACCUUCAGCAGCACCAUUGGCCCUCAGGGAGAUGGAUGUGUCAUUCUGGAGCCAUGUGAGGAGGCAGAGACAUAUGUCAAUGGGAAGAGAGUGACAUCCCCCACAGUUCUGCGGUCUGGGAACCGCAUCAUCAUGGGAAAGAGCCACGUGUUUCGCUUCAACGACCCAGAGCAGGCUCGUCUGGAGCGAGAGAGGACGCCGUGCGCUGAGACGCCGGUGGAACCCGUCGACUGGGCCUUCGCUCAGAGAGAACUGCUGGAGAAACAAGGCAUCGACAUGAAACAGGAGAUGGAGCAGAGGCUUCAGGAGCUUGAAGAUCAGUACCGCAAAGAAAGAGAAGAAGCCAGUAACCUGCUAGAACAGCAGAGGCUGGACUAUGAGAGUAAACUGGAGGCUCUUCAGAAACAAGUGGACUCUCGGUACCUGGAGUCUCCCGAGGAAGAAGAGGAGCCUGAAGAGGAAGUGCCUUGGACACCGCGAGAGACUGAGUUGGCUCUGUGGGCGUUCAGAAAGUGGCGUUUCUACCAGUUCACAUCUCUCAGGGAUCUGCUUUGGGGCAACGCCAUCUUCCUCAAAGAGGCCAAUGCUAUCAGUGUGGAGCUGAAGAAAAAGGUGCAGUUCCAGUUUGUCCUGUUGACAGACACGCUGUACUCCCCCCUGCCUCCCGACCUGCUGCCCCCCAGUGUGGCCACAGAGAGGGAAAGACGACCUUUCCCCCAAACCAUCGUAGCCGUUGAGGUACAAGAUCAAAAGAACGGAGCCACACAUUACUGGACUCUGGAGAAACUCAGGCAGAGGCUGGACCUGAUGAGAGAAAUGUACGACCGAGCGGCAGAGCUCCCCAGCAGCGCCGUGGAGGACUGUGACCACGCUCUGACCGGGGGCGACCCCUUCUACGACCGCUUCCCCUGGUUCCGUCUGGUCGGCAGAGCUUUUGUGUACCUGAGUAACCUGCUGUACCCGGUGCCCCUGGUACAUCGCGUGGCCAUUGUCAGUGAGAAAGGAGAGGUGAAAGGCUUCCUCAGAGUGGCUGUGCAGGCCAUCUCAGCCGAUGAAGAGGCCCCUGACUACGGCUCUGGUGUGAGGCAGUCAGGCACUGCCAAGAUAUCCUUUGAAGACAAACAAUUUGAGAAGUUCCAGACUGAGUCGUGUCCUGGUGGUCUUUCCCACUCCAACACAUCCCAGGAGGAGCUGCGAAUUGUAGAGGGAGAAGGACAGAACACAGAGAUGGGAAUCUCUGCAGAUGAAGUCAACAACAACACCUGUCCAGGCUCCCCCCAGCCCGGCGAAGAGUUCAGUGCUGGGUCUCGAUCUCCCCUGGACCUCUCCCCGGAGAAAGCUCUGUCCCACCUGAAGAUUGGCAGCAUCUUCACCUUCAGAGUCACCGUCUUACAGGCCUCCAGCAUCUCAGCCGAGUACGCCGACAUCUUCUGCCAGUUCAACUUCAUCCACCGCCACGACGAAGCUUUCUCCACUGAGCCGCUGAAGAACACGGGCCGAGGACCUCCGCUGGGCUUCUACCAUGUUCAGAAUAUCACAGUGGAAGUGACAAAGUCCUUCGUGGAGUACAUCAAGACUCAGCCCAUCGUCUUCGAGGUGUUCGGCCACUAUCAGAAACAGCCCUUCCCUCCGCUCUGCAAAGACCUGAUCAGUCCACUGAGACCUUCCAGGAGGCAGUUCCCCAGGGUGAUGCCCUUAUCCAAACCAGUGCCGGCCACAAAGCUCAGCACUCUGACCCGUUCCACCGCAGGUCCUUGUCACGCCAAAUAUGACCUCAUGGUCUUCUUUGAGAUCUGUGAACUGGAAGCAAACGGAGACUACAUCCCAGCUGUUGUUGACCACAGAGGUGGGAUGCCCUGCCACGGCACGUUCCUCUUACACCAGGGCAUUCAGAGGAGGAUCACAGUAACCAUCGCUCAUGAAACAGGAAAUGAUAUUGAGUGGAAAGAGGUGAAGGAGCUGGUUAUUGGUCGUAUACGAAACACGCCAGAGGCUGAUGAGACCAUCAUAGACCCAAACAUCCUUUCCCUCAACAUCCUGUCUUCUGGAUACUUCUGGCCAAAACACAAUGACAACGUGUCCUUGGGAGUUGACCAUAGAACUUUCUAUCGAUUUGAGGCAGCAUGGGACAGCUCCAUGCACAACUCUCUGCUUCUGAACAGAGUCACUCCCUAUGGGGAGAAGAUCUACAUCACCCUCUCUGCUUAUCUAGAGAUGGAGAACUGCACUCAGCCAACAGUAAUCACCAAAGAUUUCUGCAUGGUGUUUUAUUCCCGUGAUGCGAAGCUGCCGGCCUCUCGCUCCAUCAGAAACCUCUUUAGCACCGGCUGCCUCCGGCCCUCCGAGAGCAACCGUGUCACUGGAGUCUACGAAGUCACCCUCUGCCAUGUGGCGGACAAUGGAAGUCCAGGCAUGCAGCGUCGUCGCAGGCGUGUACUGGACACCUCAGUGGCGUAUGUCCGAGGAGAGGAGAACCUGGCUGGAUGGAGGCCUCGCAGUGACAGCCUCAUCCUUGACCACCAGUGGGAGCUGGAGAAACUCAGUUUACUGCAGGAGGUGGAGAAGACCAGGCAUUACCUGCUGCUGAGGGAGAAGCUGGAGGCCACUCUGCAGGCAGGACAGGAUGCACUCUACAAGAGCAGCGACAUCAGCGAUUUUGCAAAGAGCCCCGUCCUCAGCCCCAGUCCCGGCAGCAGCCCUGCCCCCGACAGCCCCAACCAGAGGCAGAGGGAGCUGGCUGCUAAGUGUCUGCGUCUGCUGAUGCACACCUUCAACAGAGAGUACAGCCAGGUGAGCAGCAGUGCCAGUGAGAGCAAGCUCUCUGAGAUGUCCGCGUCGCUGAUGAGAGAUUCCUGCUCGUCUGGACUGAGCACGCUCACUCCGUCCUCUACCUGCCCCUCACUCGUCGAGGGACAUUAUGACAUUAGACACACUGAACCCAGUUCAGGAGCUUCCACACCAGAUCUGGACCCAUACAGCCCAGUGGACAGAAAGAAAGCUCUCAGAGGAUGCACCUUUGUUCCUGACAUACAGGAGAUUCGUGUCAGCCCCAUUGUGUCAAAGAAAGGCUACCUGCACUUCCUGGAGCCCCACACCAGUGGUUGGGUGAAGCGUUACGUGGUGGUGCGCAGGCCCUACGUCUACCUGUACCGCAGUGAGAGGGAUAGCGUUGAGAGAGCUGUCAUCAACCUGUCGUCUGCGAAGGUGGAAUACAGUGAAGACAAACAGACCUUACUGCGGACUCCCAACACGUUUGCUGUGUGCACUGAGCACCGUGGAAUACUGCUGCAGGCUACCAAUGACAAAGAGAUGCACGACUGGCUGUACGCGUUUAACCCUCUGUUAGCCGGCACCAUCAGGUCAAAGCUCUCCCGGAGAAAGUCGGUCCAGUCGGUCCCGUCUGCUCAGAGGAUGUGAGAGAUGAACUGGCCUGGUGGGAAACAACAAACAAAUACAAUCUAAAAGCUCCGCUCACCGUCCCGCUCUAAUGAACAUAGACCAUAUGAACAAACUUAUACAUACAGCCAUUUAAAUAACCUUCUAUGUGGCGACCGCCACAGUCCCUAACAUCAAUUGAUUGCUCAUCCUGAAACCCAACAAAACUGUCCUUUCUGUGUUUUUGCAGUCGCCACCUCAAAACCCUGCAUGGCGUGCACCCUUCCUAUAGAAGAAACAUAAGCCAAACUAACCACCCAAACCCGUUAAUUAACUUACCUCUUCUGGGCAUUGGGCUAGUUUUGAUUAGUUUUUAUGUAGAAAUCUGUCAUCUGUGAGGCUACCGGUUCCUUGUACAGAGUUAGUAUGUGGUCAUUCACAAUAACUGAAAAUAAGUCCCAGUUUUAGUCAGUUAUUCAUCUAUUUCUCAAUAACGGCAUUGGAUGAGGGAGAGGAAACAUCGAACCCAGAUAUUUAUCUGUGUAAGUGAAGGGAUGAUAGCGCCACACGCAUCCAUCAUAUACUGUACAUUACCUCAGUUAGUAUCUACAGCAUAGAGUAUUUGUUUCACUGCAGAGGUUUCAGAUAGCAAACGGAUCAGUCAUUUUAACAUUGAAGUAGCAUGAUGGAUUUUUUAGGACAAAAGGGUGUGUGGUUGUUGUUGUGUUGCUUUUUUUUUUUUUUUACUGGUUCCUUGAAAACUGAGUUUGUUGACUAGACUAAGGCAAAAUAAUCCAAUAUAAGGAGAGAUAACUCAUGUCUUUGUUCGCAUUUUGUGCUUUUUCUUACAUGAUCCCUUGUGCAUAGAACCAUAAAGAAUAAUGUUAUUUAUUGUUGCUAGUGUAGGUACUUAUUUAUUUGUGACAGGGCCACUCACCUGUUUUGUUGCAUGGCACUUUAAUGUCUUUAUUGAGUUAAUGUAAUGUAUCAUUUACUCAGUUGUUUUAACCAAAGCAUUACUUGUUUUAAUUCUUUCAAAUCACUGUCCACUAUGCAGUUGGCAGACAUUUAGCAUGUUAAAGUAAUGGUUCAAUAUUUUGGUAAUACACUUAUUCCCAAAAAAGAGUUAAAUAAGAAGAUUGAUAACUGAACCGUCGGUAUGGUAAUGAAGCUAUGGCCAGCAGUCCAUUAGCUUAGCAUAAAUACCGGAAGCAGGGGAAAACAUCUUGCCUGGCUCUGUCAAAAUGUAACAAAAUCUGUUUACCAGCAGCUCUAAAGCUCACCAAUAACACUAUAUCUGUAACAAAGUUAAAUUUUGUUAUGUGCCAUACUAUUUCUUGACAAGGCGCAUUGAAUUCCAGGACAAACAAAGGUACAAAUGUGAGCGAUAAUGUGUUAAUCGGUGAGCUUUUCAUGUGCUGGUAGCCGGACUUCAAAAAGAGCCUGCUGUUUCCGGUCUUAAUACUGCACUAAGCUAACCGUCUUCUUUGUACAAACCUGAGUGCACCAUCCUCGCAGCCACCAUACUGAUGUGUUUUCCUUCCUCGGGGAGCAUUGCUAAAAGCAUAACCUCCACAUGUAACUUUCGGAAAGAAAGCUAGUGAACGAAUUUUUUCCAAAACAUUGAUCUAUUUCUUUAAACUAAUGAAUUAUGUAAAUUAACUUUCGAUGUUAAAUACACUAGGAGGACAGCUGUACAGGAUGUGGGUAGUUUUGCUUUAAUCAAAUAAGCACUUAUUCUGUCUGUAGUUAUGGGCCAGCUGAGUUGCUAUAUUAAAUAAGUUUAAUAUUUAUGUCUCGUCUAGUAGCUAAAUGGAAAGUUGUAAUUGACCAUGGACCUGUAAUCUAUUGAAGGCAGUUGCUUUGAGUGGACAAAAUCGUUGUCCAUGCACCAGAUAGUGCCUCCCUCUUUUCACCUCUGUUUCUUCUCUCCCUCCUUCAGCAUUGUCUUUGACAUAGUUAGUUACAUGUAUGUCCAAGAUUAAGCUUUUAUGUAGAGUAAAAGUAGAUGGAUCUUUUUUUUAUAUUGAUUUAUGUUUUGGAGAGUGAAUAUUAUCAAUGAUGUUAUAUAGUAUGUUGGUAUAGCCUGUAACAACAGUAAAGUACAGUGUAUAUCAUUAUCACUGACUGUAAAUGUUCCAUUUAAAAGUAAUCCCCGUCUUAGCUUUUGUACUGUUGCGGCUAGAUAUUUGACAGCCUGAUGCUUGUGUCAGAAACCAGUAGAGUAUCAUUAGCUUCUUGUUGUUAUGACAUUUAUGUCCAGAAAUGGUUUCUAGUUGCUUUUAUCUGCGGUCUGUUAUUUUGCACUAUAUUGAGAUGACCCCAAAUGUUGGUUUGAAAUCAAUAUUAUCUGUGGAAGCUAAAUUGAACUAAACAAUUAUUUGCCUUUGCUAGACACAUUGCACAUUUUUUUGAAUGUUUAUUAUAUUAUUUGCAUUUAAAAGAUCACUAUCCAUAUCUGUUUUCACUCUACAGGAGAGCCCCUUCUUCUUUUGUAAAUCUCAAAGACAUGGUCGGCCAACCAUUUCGUCUUUCCCAUUUUCCACUCGUUUGACUGGUUAUGACUAACUUUUUGUCAAACCUAAUUUACAGUCAGUUAACAGUAUUCAGGACUCUGUACGCCACAGGCCAACCAACCUGUUGAGCAAUGCAGCCUAAUACUUAAAAAAAUC